GUUUCCCGCCGGCGGGAGCUGCGGUUGUGGCGGCGUGGGGAGCUCGGAGGCUGCGGGGCCCGACGCUGUAGCACCAUGGCGGACCAGCUUUAUCUGGAAAAUAUAGACGAGUUCGUCAUGGACCAGAACAAGAUCGUGACAUACAAAUGGCUGAGCUAUACACUAGGAGUUCAUGUUAACCAGGCCAAACAAAUGCUGUAUGAUUAUGUUGAACGGAAGCGAAAGGAAAAUUCAGGAGCCCAGCUGCAUGUCACCUACUUAGUGUCUGGCAGUCUUGUUCAGAAUGGACAUUUGUGCCACAAGGUUGCAGUAGUGAGAGAAGAUAAAUUGGAAGCAGUGAAGUCCAAGCUAGCUGUGACUGCCAGCAUCCAUGUGUACAGCAUCCAGAAAGCCAUGCUAAAGGACAGUGGGCCUCUGUUCAAUACCGACUAUGACAUCCUUAAAAGCAACUUGCAGAACUGCAGCAAGUUUAGUGCCAUACAGUGUGCAGCUGCAGUCCCUAGAUCUUCUGCUGAAACCUCAUCUUCUGAAAAGUUUGAGCAGUCAAAUCUUCAGGUGUCAAAUGAGUCACAAGCCAAUAAUGAGUUGACCACCAAUGGUCAUGGCCCUCCUAUCUCCAAACAGAUUUCCCACCAACCUAAAGGAAUUAUGGGAAUGUUUGCCUCUAAAGCUGCUUCUAAAACCCAAGAUACCAACAAAGAAACCAAAACAGAAGCUAAAGAGGUAACAAAUGCAUCUUCAGCAGGCAACAAGGCACCAGGGAAAGGGAAUGUGAUGAGCAAUUUUUUUGGAAAAGCUGCUAUGAAUAAACUUAAAGGCAAUUUGGAUUCGGAGCAAGCAGUGAAAGAAGAAAAAGUAGUGGAACAACCUCUACUGUCUGUCACUGAACCAAAGCUGGCAGCCCCUGCAGUCCUGAAGAAAUCCAGCAAAAAAGCAGAGCCUGUUAAGAUGCAGCAGCAGGAGAAAAAAAGGGGGAAGCGAGUGGAGUUCUCUGAUGAUGAGACAAAAGAAACUAUAAACAUGAAGAAAAAGAGGAGAAGACUCAAACUUCCUGAGUCUGAUAGCAGUGAAGAUGAAGUCAUACCAGAUUCUCCUGGGGUUUAUGAAGCUGAGUCACCAUCCCCACCUCCUCCUGCGUCUCCACCUCCUGAACCAGCGCUGAAGACUGAGCCAGAGCCACCUCCUGUCAAGAGCUUAAGUGGAGAAAACAAAAGAAAACGAAAGCGCGUGUUGAAAUCGAAAACCUUUGUGGAUGAUGAAGGCUGCAUGGUGACCGAAAAAGUCUAUGAGAGUGAAUCCUGCACAGAUAGCGAAGAAGAACCUAAGAUGAAGACAUCUUCCAUACACAGGCCCCCAGCAAUGACUGUGAAAAAAGAACCAAAAGAGGAACGAAAGGGCCCCAAGAAAGGGACUGCUGCUCUGGGCAAAGCCAAUAGACAAGUGUCCAUUACUGGCUUCUUCCAGAGGAAAUGAACUGCCAUCUCUGUUAGGUCAGAGAUGUGGAGUGGUCAAGGAGAAGACCAGGACAUACAGACUCUCACUUACUGUGUAAGUUCAUCCAGCGCCUCACCUCACCCAUAUCAGAAGACUGUUCUUCCAUCUUGUAAGGUUUAUACUACCGGUUUUUAACCAAAAAGAAAUCACCUGGAAGCAAGAGGCAAAAGAAUAUUUGAAAAACUGUUACCUUCAAAUGACAUUUUUAAAGCACAAUCUUUGACCUGUCCCAGAAGAAUUUAUCCAAAAAAAUUGGAACAGGUUUCAGAAUUAUCACUGAAGCCAUUUAGUGGCUAAUCCGCUGCACCCUACCUGCCCUGU